AUGGAUGCCAGGUGGGAUAUGGAUGCCACGUGUGAUGUUUACAGCCUGCCACGUGUCAUCUGGAAGAAGAACACGCCGUUCCUCUACGACCUCGUCAUCACGCACGCGCUCGAAUGGCCGUCGCUCACCGUGCAAUGGAUGCCAGAACGGCAGGAACCAGCAGGGAAGGAUUACUCGGUGCAACGGAUGGUGCUGGGAACGCACACGUCGGACAACGAGCAGAACUACCUCAUGCUCGUGGACGUGCAGCUGCCCCUGGACGACACCGAGACGGACGCGCGCCAGUAUGAUGAGCAGCGCAGUGACGUUGGGGGAUUUGGUGCUGGGUGCGCCAAGGUGCAAGUGGUGCAGCAGAUCAACCACGAGGGCGAGGUGAACCGAGCGCGCUACAUGCCGCAGAACCCCUUCCUCAUCGCCACCAAGACCGUCUCUGCCGAGGUAUUCGUGUUCGAUUACAGCCGGCACCCAUCAAAACCCCCGCAGGAGGGCACAUGCAACCCCGACCUGCGCCUGAGGGGCCACAAGACGGAGGGGUACGGGCUGUCCUGGAGCCCCUUUCGAGCCGGGCACCUGCUGAGCGGGUCAGACGACAUGCAGAUCUGCGUGUGGGACAUCGGCGCGGCCACUAAGGCGAACAAAGUGGUGGAGGCGAAACACGUGUUUCGGGCACACACGGGGGUUGUUGAAGACGUGGCAUGGCACUGCCGGCACGAGUACCUGUUUGGGUCCGUGGGGGACGACCAGCAGCUGCUGCUCUGGGACCUGCGCUCCUCCGCUGUUGACAAACCCGCGCACGCGGUUACCGCACAUCCUGCCGAGGUGAACUGUCUGUCGUUCAAUCCGUUCAACGAGUGGGUGCUGGUGACAGGCUCGGCUGAUAAGACAGUGGCUCUGCAUGACAUUCGGAACCUCUCUAGGCGCCUGCACACAUUUGUUCAACACACGUGA